UCCGGAAAUGACAUAUAUCGAAGUUGUUUUGUGAGCUCAAUAACUUGGCGGUAGCAGAAGGUUAAAGUCUUGACAGACGGGUUUUCAACCAGAUUGUAGAGAACUUGAGAAGAAUCAUCAUGACCGGUAAAGAUUACUAUAAGAUACUGGGACUUUCGAAGGGUGCCACCGAAGAACAAAUUAAAAAAGGAUAUCGUAAAAUGGCUCUAAAAUACCACCCAGAUAAAAACAAAUCCCCAGGUGCGGAAGAGAAAUUCAAGGAAAUAGCAGAAGCAUACGAAGUUUUGAGUGACGCAAAGAAGAAAGACAUUUAUGAUAAAUAUGGAGAGGACGGACUGAAGGGAGGCGGGGGACCACAGGGACCAGGGGCUGCACCUGACAUGGGUGGUGGCCAACACUUUCAAUACUCCAGCGGCAACCCACACGAAACUUUCCGCAUGUUUUUCGGAGAUGAAAACCCAUUCCAAAGUUUCUUCAGCUCGGGUGGUGGAGGAAUGGGGGGUCAAAGAGGUGCACCUAUGUUUUACCAGUCCUAUGGAGGCGAUGACAUGGAUACUGACGACACGUUUGCCAGUUUUGGCGGCGGAGGUAAUCAGUACAGGGGAAUGGACCCAGGAAUGCAAAGAAAACGACAAGAUGCACCAGUCGUCAAGGAUCUGCUAAUUUCACUCGAGGAUAUAUAUAAAGGUACAACUAAAAAGUUGAAAAUUGUGCGCAAAGUCUUGAACCCUGAUGGUCGAACAGUAAAAGAUGAAGACAAAAUACUCACAAUUGAUGUGAAACCUGGAUGGAAAGCAGGUACAAAAAUAACAUUUCCAAAAGAAGGUGACCAAACACCAAGGAAUAUCCCAGCAGAUAUUGUAUUCGUGAUUAAAGAUAAGCCUCACCCAUUGUUUGUCCGUGAUGGAAGUGACAUCAAGUACAAGGUAAAAAUUUCUCUCAGGGAUGCACUUUGUGGUACCACAUUGCAAAUCCCAACAAUUGAUGGACGAAAAAUCCCACUGACAUUAAGUGAAGUUGUCAAGCCUGAAUCGACAAAGAAAAUUCAAGGAGAAGGUUUGCCGUUUCCGAAACAGCCUUCAAGACGAGGUGACCUCAUUGUACAGUUUAAUGUUACAUUUCCUGAUUGCCUCUCUCAAAGUGUGAAACAGAGACUGUCGGAAUGUUUGCCAAAGUAAAUACAUUUAAAAAAAAAAAUUGAAAUGUAAUUCUUUGUAAAGUGCUAUAAAGAAUAUUAAGUAUGUUGCAGAUUAUAUUUAAUUAUAAUGGUUGUAUUUAUACAUGUAUGUUUUGUGCAGUAUAUAAGUAUACAAUACAAUUAUUAUAUACAGGGUCUGACUCUAAGCUGUCACUCUUCAGUUUGUAGAUGAAUUUGGGAAAUGGAUGUAAAACUCACCUAAAAGUUGAUUAAAACAUUGAUGGUUGUAGUGAAUGUUCAUACAUUUCUUUUUGACAAGAAAAUGGACGAAGAGAAUUUUACAAUUAAUUUUUGAGAUGGCUUAAAGGGGAUUUUCAACAAUUAUAUGCAAUACUCUGAAGUUUCAUGGGAUACAAAACAUGAGGGAGGGGUGUAUUUGUUGGGAGUUGCACGUCUCAUUUAUAAAGUAAAAUUCAGUCAGUCAUGGCUAUUUUGUUCUUUAACACAAAUUAUUCGGCAACUCUUCCUUAUAUCACUCGCACACACAAACACACACCCCCAACAGAUUUAAAAAAAAAGGUGCUUUUGUUGGAAAUUAAGCACAGAAGACAACAUGGAAUUAUGUGUGUGUGUGUGUGUAUAUAUAAUAUAUAUAUAUAUAUAUAUAUAUAUACCAUAGCGGUUUGGAUUUGAUUCAUGUCUGUUAUAAUUAACCCUUUAAGCUUUUAUAACUAAAAAAAAAAAAAAAUCAUGUGAUGACCCACUUGUCGGAUCGAGUGCUCGGCAAGAGUACCGAUUGUUUGGAGUUCUGAAUCCAGACCUUAGCAUUACAUCAUUUGUACAAUUUAGUUGUUUCUAAUUCAUUGCCUUAAAGGGGUGGGAGAUAAGGGAGUCUUUCCUAAAAAUCCAAUAACUAUUAAUUUAAUAUUGAUUAAAUUGUGUCACGAUGACAGGGAAUGGUGAUGGUAAGUGCAUUUGUAAUUGUUGAAUGACCUCUACACUAUACAUGUAUAGUAUAGGAAUGAAUUUGUUUUUCAAAUGAAUUGAGGUGUCUGCAAAAUAUUAUCGCUGAAAUGCAAAUGUCUUAUAAAAUGUUUGUAUUGUGACUUUUUAUUCAAGUCAUGACAACCUGAAGAUGGUAGAACAAUAAUUGAGAGCAUGUACUUAAAAAAAAAUAUUGAGUGAUCAUGAACAGAU